UAAUCAUCCGCACUUUACUCGCUGACCAGCUCGUCAGUCAACACCAGCUCAAGUCCCGGAACGGAUCGCGAUUUUUUCGAACCCACUUCGGUCCAGAUUUCCCGUGCGGUCCCGUCGUGUGUGUCUGUGUGUUUGUCCGUGUGUACACGUCCUCCACCCGCCGGAGUUCCGUGGGUCGAUUUUUUAUUGUGCAAAAAAAGGAAGAAAAAAGUAGCCUUCGUCACUUCUGUUGACCAGUUGGAGACAGCGAGGGGAGCCUGUGCUAAGCGGAGUGGCCAUCGGCGGGUCGCGGGUGCGUGUGUGCCCCAGUCGCUUUCGCUGUGUGCGUGUUUGUGCAGUUUUUUUUUUCUAGUGAUUUCGAUUCUUUCGCGAGCCCCCUCAGCAGCACAGCGUUGAAAGAGUAAAAAUCGUAAAACAUCAUCACGGUGAUAACUUUAGGUGACGUGCCGGAAGACUUCUCUCUUUCUGCCACUGCGGGAGUUUGUGGAUUUCGAGAAGGCGACCAGAAGCUGUCCUUUGGAAAGAUUCGCGUGCAGAAAGUGACAAAAAAGAUCGUGUUCCUGCCCCAGGUGCAAUGUCUCCCAACUAGACCCUGCUCCGAGAGGACCACCCACACCCCCGCUUUCGGCAGUUUUGAGCGUGCAAAGUGCUCCAAAAAUUGUACAAGGAGAAAAAAAACGGUGUAAUUCUAGUCGGAAAUUACCGUGUUUUUCUGUUGAAAACGAAAAACGAUGAGUGCCAGCAGCACCAGUGCCACCGGAGCAGGAGGAGGAACCGGUGGCCCCUCCGCGACCGUCAGUGUCGUCUCGACGCCGAUCAACGCCGGAGCGCGGCCCGACUCGGCCCCGGCGCUCGGCUCGUCACAGGCGUCGACCCCGCCGAAUCCGGGCAGCUCCGCCGGGUCGGCCUCCGGGGGAAAGUUUCUUGAUCCCCGGUCGGCAGCGGCCGCUAUAACGACGGUGGUCAGCCCGCCGACCCCGGCCGACGAUCGGAAGAGCCGCCGGACGUCGCUGAUGGUGCCACUGCCCAAGCGGCCAUCGAUGGAGAGUCUCAGCCCCAGUCCGGGACCGGCGUCUCCAGGAAUCUCAGGAUGGAACGAGAGCAGUCCCAAAAUCGACUCCGGCUUUCCAGAUAAGCAAUCGAACAACGAUGCCGCCAAGCUAAACCGCAAGGAAUCUUACAAAGCACAACGAAAGAAUUACCGCCGCGAGAAGAAACGGGUAGCUUCGGAGCUGCUCAACUCCCUCCAGGAUCCGGCCGUCAUCGUCCUAGCGGACUGGUUGAAGAUCCGGGGCACGCUCAAGUCGUGGACGAAGCUGUGGUGCGUGCUGAAGCCGGGUCUGCUGUUUAUCUACAAGAGUCCGAAGACCAAGAGCAGUCACUGGGUCGGUACGGUGCUGCUGACGUCCUGCCAGGUUAUCGAGCGGCCCAGCAAGAAGGAUGGCUUCUGCUUCAAGCUGUUCCACCCGAUGGACCAGACGAUAUGGGCCCCGCGGGGACCGGACAAGGAGACGAUGGGAGCCGUGGUUCAACCGCUGCCCACGUCCUAUCUGAUCUUCCGGGCACCCAGUCAGGCCGCCGGCAAGUGCUGGCUGGACGCGCUGGAACUGUCACUGCGGUGUUCCGCCCUGCUGGUGCGGUCCGUUCCGGCCAUCGACAUGAGCGUGGUGGAAGACCUGGGAACGGCCAGCUCCACGCACGAGACCCAGUGGUCCGAAGCCGACUACGAGAAGCACUUUGACGAGCAUGUUCCCAAGUUGAAAGAGCACCUGAACUACCUGAUGAAGUACCUCCCGCCGUCGCCGCCGGACAAGCGGCACCUCCCGGUAGUCUCGAUCGAAAAGUCCCAACCCCGUAGUUCGUGUCCCUCGCCGACUCCCAUCUUCCAGCAGCUGUACCUGGCGGUGGCUCACUGGGAGCGCUACCUGCGGGAUUCACCGGAACUGUUUCCGCGGUCACCUGGGCGGUUCGACGAGGACGAUCAGCUGCGCUCGGGGAUGCUUUCCCCGUCGGACGAUGUGUUUGACGAAGCGGGCGAUAUUGGCCGACGGCGCAGUUCGCUGCAGGUUGGGUUCUCUCCGGCGCGGCAGGUCUACUCGACGCCGGGAGAAAAGCAACGCCGCCGGAGCAGCCCGGCAGAGUUUAGCAAAGCCAACUCGGGAAUCACGAUCCGGAUCUCUGACGAUUUGGACAUUGAUAGUCAGCCGGACCAGGGCACCCUCGUGAUGUCGGCCGGCGAGUCUGACUCGGAGUCGGACAUGGGCGAAGGCAUGGUGGAGGUGGAGGAGUUCCCGGAGACGCCGUACGUGCACUCGCCGGAGGAGGAGUUUGGUGCGGCCGGUGAACAAGUGGAGGAACUUCCGGAGGAGCACAAAAGCCUAAUCUGGUUCCUGGUGAAGCAGGUCCGACCCGGAAUGGAUCUGAGCAAGGUUGUACUACCAACGUUUAUUCUGGAGCCGCGCUCCUUUCUCGACAAACUUGCGGAUUCGUACUACCACGCAGAUCUUUUGUCAAAGGCUGUAUUGGAGGACGAUCCCUUCACGCGAAUGAAGACGGUAGUUCAGUGGUACCUGUCCGGGUUUUACAAGAAACCUAAAGGUCUUAAGAAACCGUACAAUCCGAUUCUGGGUGAAACGUUCCGCUGCUACUGGCAGCACGAGAACGGCAGCCGGACGUUCUACAUUGCCGAGCAGGUCUCGCAUCAUCCUCCGAUUUCGGUGUUUUACGUGACAAACCGACAGGACGGGUUCUGCAUUAGUUGCAGUAUUUUGGCCAAGUCCAAGUUCUACGGCAACAGCACGUCGGCCAUUUUGGAGGGUGUGGCCACGUUGACGUUGCUGCCCCGGGGAGAGAGUUACACGCUGACGGUUCCGUACGCUCACUGCAAGGGUAUUCUGAUGGGAACACUUUCGAUGGAGCUCGGUGGUAAGGUAUCGGUGGAGUGCGAAAAUACCGGCUACAAGACGGAGCUGGAGUUCAAGCUGAAGCCGUUCUUGGGAGGUAACGAGUACAUUAACAUAGUCACGGGUAAGCUGAAGCUCGGUAAGGAAACGCUGGCCACCAUCAACGGCCACUGGGACGGAGAGAUCCGGAUAAAGGACUCCCGAACGGGUGAAGAUUCGGUCCUGUUUAAUCCCACCACGGAAGUACGUGCCCAGCGGUUGAAGCGGUUCACCGUUCCAAUGGAAUCACAGGGAACCAACGAAUCGGAACGACUGUGGCAACAUGUGGCCGCUGCGAUCCGAAGGGACGACCAAGUCGGAGCGACCGAAGAAAAGACCGCCCUUGAGGAAGCUCAGCGAAUCUCGGCCAAGGAACGGAAGGCUACCUGCACUGAGUGGAUUCCGGGUUUGUUCCAGCAGGAUCUGGUCACCGGGCAGUACCACUACAAGUAUGCCGACCUGCGCCCUUGGGAUCCGCGCAACGAUCUUCGCCAAUACGAGAGCAACUACCGGAUACAAACGAAGACACGCCACCAGGCUCCGAUGGUCCGGACGGCGUCCGUGGUAAGCUCGGAUCCGUUGAGUAUUUUGCAGGUCGAAUCGAGGGGCUCGCUGCGUAAGACACGCGCUCUGACCGCGGGCGUGCUGAAGUCUCGUAAAAUCUCGUCCAACACGUCCACACCGGAUCUUAUCGAUCCCAACUCGGACUCUAGUCACUCGAACGACGUCCACGACUCCGGGCUCUCCAAUACGAGGGUUAUUCAAUCGCUGGACGAUAUCAACCGCAAGCUGGAAGAACACUCGAAGAAGCUGUCGAAGCUACAGUUGGACAUGGACAAGAUUUAUUGGGCGCCAAAGAACCAGGGAGGUAGUGCCCUCGGGGGUCUCGUAAGUCCAACCACCUUGCGGGGGAUCGCAUUUGGAGUGUUGGCGCUGUUGUUGCAAAUCUUUAUCGCAUGGUAUCUAACGAAACGGUCACUAGCGGCAGCCACCGGAAGUGGUUCCGGUGGUGCUGGCAGCACUGGUAGUCAAUAGAAUGUUGUUUUGUUUUAUAUUUUGGACAUUUUCGGUGUAACUUUUAGUAUCAAGAACAAUCAAUAAUCGAAACAAUUGCCAACUGCUGGAAGCAGGACAGCUUUGAAGGGUUUAUUUAAGGGGAACAGGAAAGGCUUCGAGUGGUGGAUUAGAAAUAGAACAGAAUAUUACUAUAAGUCAAUAGCAAAUCACCGUAAUAUGACUGCUUUCUUAAAUUUCCAACAUUUGGUGGAAAACUAAAUAUAACACACUUCAUAGAGCUUGGAAUUUCCUAUAAACUAUCGAAAAUAAUAGAUCACGAUAAAAUGAAGGCUUUUCAGUAAUUUUUGACAAACCUCUGUUCCAGGCGUUCGAUCGAAGCGAUUCGUGUGACGUUUCUACUCGAACACAAUCUUCCCGCGGGAAGUGCAAUCGCAUCGUUUUAUCCGAGCGCUGGAACAACUCAGCGCAUAGAAAUGACACAAAUACCAGAAUCGCCUACUUACCUUGUAGCGAAUAUCCACAUUUUCGGCUAUAGUCACAUCUACUUACCACUGCUCAGCACACAACACAAUGUUAGCACUUCACUUACCUUUUGUUAUUUUUCAUUGGCUCAUCAUGCUAUCCGACGAUACCUUGAUUCUGAAGUCCGUUUUAGGAAAGCACAUCCCAAACAUAAUUGGUAUUACUAGUUGGUCAGUGGUAGGAGCAUAUUGCAAACCAGAUUCCAGCAGGACUCUUACGGUUCGAAUAAUCACAGAAUCGCACUAGAGCUGUUGCAGUCAAGACACCUAGCCCUCUAUCAAACAGUCAAGAUACAAACCAUCCGCACGUAUUCACCACUCUGGCAAAGUAACUUCAGCCUUUUAGUGGAUAUCCUGUGGAAAGCUUUGCCAUUUCCUCCCUUCUUCCAAAACGUUAUCUACUCUACAUUCCGUUAGGUUUUUGACCUAAACAUAAAGCAUAAAGACAAAGCUCUUGAUUUGCUGAGAAUAUCGAAGAAUCUGUGGUUAGCGGGGUAGCAGAAGGACCUCUGUAGUGAAAAAGAAGCAGUUUAAAAAAGCUUGAGCAACUAAAUGAAGAAUAAAUUAUUAGGUCCUUGAAUGAACAAAUCAACACACUUACACACUUACAAAAAUUAGUCACACGGUAAUCGAAUGCAAUAAAGGAUAAGGUUGAAAGAGAAUGGAGUGCAGUGAUAGAAGAGAGAAAAAGUGUUUGCAUUGACUUCAUGUUCUGGCACGCUUUUAGGCUGGAUAAUUGCGCCCACUAAAACUAUUUGAAACUUUGGGACGCUUAGAGAACUGUGUAAUAUUUCAUGUUUUGCUUCCUAAGUUUACCAGUAAAUCCUUGGUAGGUUCUACCUUACUUCAUCCUACUUUAAGUGUAUCUGUUAAGUGGAAUUAUAUUGCAUAACCGAAGGAUUCCUCCACCCCAUCACAAAAUGGUUCAAGUUUUGGUGUAUAUUGUGUAAAAUGGUGAAAGCCACAUAACGUUUAAGUCAGGUAAAUUUAAGUAAAGCACUAAAUUUAAACAGUGCUAAAAUGCAAUCGUAAAUUACCCAUGUUUGCCACUUAUUAAAUCCUAACCAUUUACAACAAACUACAGGAAAUUUUAAAAUGUUAAACCCGCCCCGGAGGUUUAAGUUCACUGGUUCUAACACGCGAACAAUUUGUUCGGAAUUAAUUUGGAAAGCAUGUUUUUUAGAGCGCGAAAAACAGUAUGUCGAGAAAACAAUCAAGCAGUUCAGCGGUAUUGAAAAUAUACAAAAAACAUGUAUUUGUGCUGGUUAUUUGAAAAAGUUUGCUUUGCAAGAAAUAAUAAAACAUACACAUACAAACACACUUAAAAAAACACUUACACAAACAUGCCCACACAAAAGGGAAAAUAACAAAUUAUAUGAAUUCAAUUGUUACUGAAUGCGAAUAAAAAACUAAAAUGGUUACAAUA